GACGAAUGGAGCUGCUUUACCCAAUGACAAACUAGUCUGAGUGCGCACUCCUCUGGACGACGACGACCAUGGACUGGAGUUGUGUCCUUUUCGAUGAUACGAACUUAUAGUAUUUCUUUUUCCAGUCGAACAACAAGGGAGUGAGGCGGGCGAGCUGCUGUGAGCAGGAAUGGGGGAGAUCGAGGGCUCCUACCGGGUCCUGCAGACCCCUGGCACACGGCUGGGCGCCCAGUUCAAUGCUGGUAUCAGCACUUUGGAGCCGGGGCAGAGCCUCAGUGCCAACAUGGCCACUGGGGCUAAAAGCCACGGGAGGGGACUACAAAUCCGUGUGCUGGGGCUGGAUGACUCCCAAGAGUUCUUUGAUAUCGAGCCAAAGGCUUUUGGACAGGCCCUGCUCUCUGAGGUUUUCCAGCGAGGCAACCUCAUAGAGAGCGAUUACUUUGGCCUGGAGUUCCAGAACAUGCAGAUGAACUGGGUUUGGUUGGAACCAACAAAACCCAUUAUAAAGCAAGUGAGAAGACCUACAAACACACUUUUUAGACUGUCAGUGAAGUUCUUUCCUCCAGACCCUGGUCAGCUACAGGAGGAGUACACAAGGUACUUGUUUUCGCUGCAGAUGAAAAGAGACCUGAUGGAGGGCAGGUUGACCUGCACAGAAAAUACUGGAGCCCUGCUGGCUUCUCAUCUCGUCCAGUCGGAGAUUGGCGACUAUGACGACAUGGCAGACAGGGACUUCCUGAGGGUGAACAAACUGCUGCCCUACCAAGACCGGGUGCUGGAGAAGAUCCUGGAUCUCCACCGCAGGCACAUGGGCCAGACUCCAGCUGAAUCAGAUUUCCAGGUCCUGGAGAUUGCCCGUAAACUGGAGAUGUAUGGAGUCCGCUUCCACCCAGCAGCUGACCGGGAGGGAACCAAGAUCAAUCUGGCUGUCGCUCAUAUGGGCCUUCAGGUUUUUCAGGGCAACACAAAAAUAAAUACCUUUAAUUGGUCUAAGAUUCGCAAACUGAGCUUCAAGAGAAAACGGUUCCUGAUCAAGCUCCAUCCAGAAGUUCAUGGCCCCCAUCAGGAUACUCUUGAGUUCUUGAUGGCCAGUAGAGACCAGUGCAAGAUCUUUUGGAAGAAUUGUGUGGAACAUCACUCUUUCUUCCGGCUGUUUGACCAGCCCCAACCCAAAUCCAAAGCUAUUCUCUUCACUAGAGGCUCCUCAUUCAGAUACAGUGGGAGGACCCAGAAGCAGCUGGUGGAGUAUGUCAGGGACAGUGGAGCAAAGAGGACACCAUACCAGAGGAGGAACAGUAAAAUUCGAAUGUCUGCUCGCUCCCUGGCCACGGAUGUGCCAAAACAGACUUUGUCAUUCAAUGACAGUAUCAGGGCCACGGGCUCCCCUUCCUCUGCUACCGUGUCCUUCCACCCAGUGCACAUCUCUAGCAUUCUUCCACGAACGGAGCUGCAGCCUCAGCCCCAGCCUUUGCCACUACAGAGCCAACUUUCAGCGCCUCCCCAGCAGCAGCACCAGCAACAGCAGCUUCAGUCCCCUCCGCAAGCUACAAGGCCCCCCAGCCCUCCGAAGGAAGAAGCUGUCAAGGCCACUUCCCCGUCUCACUACGCUUUUCAAGGUUCAGCAAUGGACAGUCCCCAGCUCUCACCAUUCGUCACCAAGAGUCCACUCUGCCUCUCGCCCUCCUUCCAGAUGUCCACCCUCAGCCUCCCAGGCCAAGCCCCUUCACCUCUGCAAAGCCCCAUCCUGAGCGAGGUGGGCAGCAAUGCCAGGCUAGAGGAGGAGGAGGAGGGCAGGAGGAAGAGAUAUCCCACUGACAAGGCCUACUUCAUUGCCAAAGAGAUUCUGACCACAGAGCGAACAUACCUGAAAGACCUUGAGGUCAUCACAGUGUGGUUCCGCAGUGCUGUGAUCAAAGAAAACGCCAUGCCCGAAGGCCUGAUGACCUUGCUUUUCUCCAACAUCGAUCCCAUCUAUGAGUUCCACCGAGGCUUCCUAAAAGAGAUAGACCAGAGGCUGGCACUCUGGGAGGGGCGCUCUAACGCUCACGUCAAAGGGGACUACCAAAGGAUAGGUGAUGUGAUGCUGAGGAACAUGAGUGCUCUGAAGGAAUUCACCAGCUACCUACAAAAGCACGAUGAAGUGUUAACAGAGCUGGAGAAAGCCACCAAGAGGCUGAAGAAGCUGGAAACUGUCUACAAGGAGUUUGAGCUGCAGAAGGUUUGCUACUUGCCCCUGAAUACAUUCCUGCUCAAGCCCAUCCAGCGUCUCAUGCACUACAAGCUCAUCCUGGAGAGACUGUGCAAGCAUUACUCCCCUGCCCACCGUGAUCAUGACGACUGCAAGGAUGCCCUGAAGGAAGUGGCUGACAUCGCUGCUCAGCUCCAAAGUAGUCUGAUCAGGCUGGAGAAUUUCCAGAAAUUGACCGAGCUGCAGAGAGACCUGAUUGGUAUUGAGAACCUAACAACCCCAGGCAGGGAGUUCAUAAGAGAGGGCUGCCUGUACAAGCUCACCAAAAAAGGGCUGCAGCAAAGGAUGUUCUUCCUGUUCUCAGAUAUGCUCCUCUACACAAGCAAAGGUGUUACAGCGACCAAUCAAUUCAAAGUCCAUGGCCAGCUGCCCCUACACGGCAUGAUACUCAUAGUGCUGGAUGCACCGGUUGAGGAAAGUGAAAAUGAAUGGUCGGUCCCCCACUGCUUCACUAUCUACUCUGCUCAAAGGACAAUUGUCGUUGCUGCCAGCUCUAAAGUGGAGAUGGGCAAGUGGAUCGAGGAUUUGAACAUGGCUAUUGACAUGGCCAAGAAGUCACAAGAGAAAUCCAAUAUAUUCCUUGACGCAGGCUUGGGCGAUCGCUCCAACCGAUCAUCUGAUGAGGUUUCUCUGGAGCAGGAGUCGGAGGAUGACAUGCACUCCUCCCGCACCUCACUGGACAAGCAGACGCACCACCGUGCCAACACAACUAUGCAUGUGUGCUGGCACCGCAACACCAGUGUGUCUAUGUCUGACCACAGCCUGGCUGUGGAGGCCUUUUCUGUCUCCUGUCUCUUCACCCUCUCAGUCUACUGCUCUCCAGCUGUUUCACCAGAACUUCCUCCUCGCUAUCUCCUCGGUCAGGGCCAAAGACCCAACACCAUUACACAUGUUUGCUGGUACCGAAACCAGAACCUCUCUCUCACUGAUUACCUGCGCAUGAACCAGAACCAACUUUCAGGAUACCUCCUAAGGAAGUUCAAGAACAGUAAUGGCUGGCAGAAGCUCUGGGUUGUUUUCACCAACUUCUGCUUGUUCUUCUACAAGACGCACCAGGAUGACUUCCCAUUGGCCAGUCUCCCGCUGCUGGGCUACACAGUCUGCACCCCAGAGGAGUCUGACAGCAUUCACAAGGAGUACGUCUUCAAGCUGCAGUUCAAGUCCCAUGUUUACUUUUUCCGGGCAGAGAGCGAGUACACCUUUGAAAGAUGGAUGGAGGUGAUUAAGAGUGCAGCCAGCACUACGGGCCGGAUGAGUCUGCUUAUACCUAAAGGCCCCAUGGAAAUCAAUGGAAACUGAACUAAAUCUAUCUAGGUCUAGAGGCUGGGCCUCACAGACUACUAUCUCUCUUCCUCAGUGUCGUCAUUUUUUUAAAAUGAGUCUGGGAUUUUGACAUUAAUAACAACUGGAGACUGAAAGAUACUGCCAGUGUUGACAUGUUCAUGUGCAUUUUCUCCGCCUGAGGAUUCUGUUAUAAUGAUCUGUGCAUUUUUAUUUUUGUUGAUCAGUGGUGUAAAUGAUAUUUUGUUCCAGUAUACAAUAUAUAAUGAAAGGGAGGCAUGUAUAUUAUGGUCAUGAGCAGUUUUUACUAUUGUAGUACUCAGUCAGGCUCUUACUAACAUUUAUGUAGACUGAUAUUUGGGAACUACUGUAAUAUGGGACCAACUCAAAAACAAAGGGCUUAGAUUUGAGCUUAGUGGUCACUUUGAAUACGUUUGGUGGAGAAGUUUUGUUCUCCCCAGCACCCAAUGACUGAUGCAUCAGUGGGCAUACUUCAAGGCAAGAGAUGAUACAGAUGAUACAUAGCAUGUGGAAAAUGAAGGUACUCAUGGCAUGGUCAGGAUGGGUGCAACAGCUGGGCAGAUGUCCAGCCACCGUCAUCCUGCUCUGGAUGAGCCAGAGAUGUGAAAGUUGGUGCAGCACACGAGAGCAGGAAGUUAAUGGAAUGUUGAAAUGAGUGUGGGAGUCAAGUGAUCGAAUUUUCUUUUGGAGAUAUAUGGGAUUUUUUUGAGUUAUGAGGAAUUUGUGCCUCUUUAAGGACAGUCACACAAAGUAUUAAGAGUUGGCUCAAAGUCCGCUGUUUGUUUUUGGUUACUUCUGACAGACAAAACGCAUGUGUCUGAGGGUUCAAGAACAGGCCUUUGUGAACUGUGUAAGCAACCUUUAUAUUACAAAUUACACAUUUUUUAUAUUUUGAUGUGAGGCCAGUCAGGUUUUGAGUUAUUUACCUAUUAAUAAAAACUGUUAUACCCUAAAAAUGGUCCACAAAACAGGACUGUUAAGCAGAACAGCUCACUAUGGAAAAAUCACUGCCCAGAGUAAAUUAGUUAGCUACUUUAGCUUACUUUUUUAAUCCAAAUUACAAACAGAGCUAAAAGGGAGCAAUUUUGCUUCUUAGUCCCAAUUUCUAAGACAGCACAAAGGCUUUCUGGGUGCUACAUUUCAUUCUUUAAUGUACUUGUGUGGCAUCCUUGGGUUCUUUUUUGAAAUCAUUUAUCCUGUUACUCUUAUUCUGCAUAUAGGGAUGAUGACUUGGCAAAAUAUAUGCAGUGUUUAUUCCUAGUGUCUGUCUAAGGUGCAGAUUUUCUUUCUAAUAACACAAAAACUGAAGAACAUAUUUGAGAACAAGUUGUGAUUUUUUUUUUUUUUUUUUGGACAUAAUGUCUUGCUGUGUGUAGGACUAUAUUAGACCAUGGGAGCUGGCCAAUGGGAGAUCGAGCUAGAAGAGCUGACCAUAGAUCUGCGCUAACAGUCACCAAAUGACACCUUUCUUGGUUGUUUAGCGCACUACAUGGAACCGUGGUAUUAUUUGUUAUAUAUUUUCUGAAGACUGGAAUCUUUACCCUCGGUGUAUGUGUGUGUGUGUGUGUGAGUGUGAGUGUGCAUAUGUGUGUGCAUGUGAGUGUGUGUGUGUGGAGGAGCCAACUGCAUAGUCCUACGUACACCUCCACUGCCUCUGUUACUGUAACAGAACCUGAUGAUAGAGGGCAUCUCUAAACCAUCUUAAAUUCUCUGUGUAAGAGACAUGCACCAUUGGCUCUGUUGCACAGUUAAGACUUAUGUUACUCCUAUUUAUUGUGUAGCAUGUCAAUAGGGCCGUGCUCCCCGAUGCCCUCGUGUAGUCUCAUGUUAUUGCAUUGAAAACCUAACAAAUAAAAAGAAAGUUUGGGCCGUG